UGAAUAUUGAACGUGUAGUUUUAGACGAAGAAAAAUGACUGGAAAGCCGGGUUCUUCAAGCCGGCUCCAAAAGCUAUUAAACCUUCUCGAGACUGGCACGAGCGAUGCGACGCGGAAGGCUGCUGCAAAGCAGCUAUCGGAGAUCGCUCGGUCUCACCCGGACCAGCUGCUGUCCACGGUGCAGAAGGUCCACGCCUACCUCUACCAUAAGAGCUGGGAGACGCGUGUGGCCGCGGGCGAGGCCCUCGGCUACCUGGCAGACAUAUUCGUGCAGCAGACGCCCGACGAGCUGCGGCAGCAGGCGCUGGCCUGCGGCGUUGAUGAAGCGUCGCUGCCGCCCUGCGAGGGCCCCCUCACGUUCUCCGGGUUCAGCCUGCAGCAGGUGCUGGAGAAAGGCACGCCGCUGGGGGCCUCCGGGGGCCAGGAGUUUGACCUGGUUCUGGAUCCGGGCAUGACGCCCAAGGCGCGGCUGGCAGCCCAGCGCGACGUGCUGAAGCGGCGGCUGGGGCUGGAUCGCGACAUGGGGCUGGACGCGGACGCGUUGUUCGGGGAUGAGGACCUGGAGGCGGCGGAGGAGGUUGUCACGCGCGGCGGGCGCGGCAGCGGCGGCGGAGCCGCCGGCGGCGGCGCAGCCGGCAGCGGCGCCGGCGGCGCCCCCAAGCAGGCGGCGCAGGAGCUGCUUGCGAGUAUGGAGGGCCUGUCGGCUCGGGAGCGCAACCGCCUCAAGCGCAAGGCCAAAGCGCUGGGGCGGUCGGACUCGCUGCGGGGGUCGGAGCCGCCGGCGCCGGGGCCGGGCGGGCGGAACAAGUCGCCGCUGGACGGAGACAUGGGCGGUAGUGCCGGCGAGGGCCCGGCGGCGGCAGCGGGGGCUGGCGGGGCGGCGGCGGCCAGUGCCGCUGCUGCUGCCGCGGCGGCCGCUGAGAUCGGCGAGGACGAGGUCCAGGCUGUGGCGGACGGCGGCUGGCCCUUCCAGCGGCUGGGCGACCAGCUGGUGGUGGACAGCCUGGACCCGGUGUGGGAGGUGCGUCACGGUGCGGCGCUGGCGCUGCGCGAGCUGCUGCGCUCCCACGCCUGGUGCGCGGCGGUGGAGGUGCCGCUGGACGAGGUGCCCAGCGGCUGGGCGGUGCCGGGCGGCGCCGGCAAGCGCGGCCUGGGCUCGGUGAGCGCCGCGCACGUGGCCGCCGCCGCCGCCGCCCACCGGCGCUGGCUGGAGGACGUGAUCCUGCACCUGCUGUGUGUGCUGGCGCUGGACAGGUUCGGGGACUACGGCUCAGACCAGGUGACCGCGCCGGUGCGCGAGACGGCGGCCCAGGCGCUGGGCAUGGCGCUGCAGGCGCUGGACGGCGACAGCGUGGCGGGCGUGGCGUGCAUGCUGCGCGAGCUGCAGGCGCACGGCGACUGGAGGGUGCGGUACGGCGGCUUCUGCGGCCUCAAGUACCUGCUGGCGGCACGGCUGGACCUGGCGCCGGCGCUGCUGCCCGCCGCGCUGCCGCUGCUGCGCGCCGGGCUGGCCGACCCCGACGACGACGUGCGGGCGGCGUGCGCGGACGCACUGGUGCCGGUGGCGGGCUCGCUGGGCGUGGCGGGGCCGCAGGCCGUGUCGGAGCUGCGGCGCCAGCUGUGGGACCUGCUGCCGCAGCUGUCCGACCUGUCCGCCGCCACCAACAGCGUCAUGUCACUGCUGGCACACCUGUACGGCAGCAGCGCCGCCGCCGGCUGCACCGCAAAUGGCGGCGGCGACUCCUCCUCCGCCGCCGCCGCCGCCGUACCCAUGACAGAGGACGACGUGGCGGCGGCUACGGACGAGCUGACGCAGCUGGUGCCGCGGCUGUGGCCGUUCGUACGGCACAUGCUCAGCACCGUACGCGGAAGUGUAAUGCAGUGCCUGGAGCGCAUGCUGGCGGCGGCGGUGACGCCGCCGCCGCCGGGCGUCGUGCUGGCGGCGCUGGCGGCGCCGUCGGCGUCGGCGCCGCUGGCGCCCGCCAGCCUGGAGCCGUACGGCGAGGUGGCGCCGUACUAUGCGCAGAUGCGGCGGGAGGUGCUGGCGCUGGUGGCGGCGGCCGUGGAGGUGAAUGUGUUGCUGCCGCUGCCGCCCGGCGUGCCGCCAGAGCUCAUGGGGGCGGACCACGCGGCGGCGCUGCUGGCGGCGGCGGCGGCGGCGGGCCCGCCGGAGGGCUCGGCGCUGGCGCUCGCCGUCGGCCGGCUGCGCGGCGCGCUGUCGGCGUUGCAGGCCCUGGAGCAGUACCUGCACGUGUGCGUGCUGGCGGCCCUGGCCGCCGCCUCCGCCGCCUCCGGCCGCCUGCCGGACAAGUUCAACAGCGCCAUCCAGCCGCUCAUGAACAGCCUCCGGCGCGAGCCGCAGCUGAGGCUGCAGGAGGUGUGCGCGGGCGGUCUCGCCGAGCUGUUAGGGCUGUGUGCGGGCCGCACGCCCUCGCCCAAUGACAAGCUGGUCCGCAACAUCGUGGCAAUGGCAACAGCCGAGCUACUGCCGCCGCCGGGGCUGCUACAGCCGGGGCUGCUACAGCCGGGGCUGCAGGGGCAGGGCUCAGGCGUGCUACUGCCGUCCGGCGGCUCGUUGUCGCUGCUUGGGCAGCAGCAGGGCGAGUCAGAUGCCGUCAACGGCGCCGGCGGCGGCCACGCGGUCUCGCACGCCACCCGCAUCAGCCGCCGCGGCGGCGAGGCAGCCAUCGUGGCCAUGGCCCGCCGCUUCCGUGACGGCCUGUGGACGCAGCUGCCCACGCUCUGGAGCCUGGUGGCGGCGCCGCUGGCGGCGCCGCCGCCAGCAGCCGCCGCCGCCGCCGACCCCACGGCGGCCGUGAGCGCGAUGCACGUGCUGCGCGUGCUGGCGCCGGCGCUGGCGCCGGAGCUGCUGCCCAGCCUGCGGCCGCUGCUGCGGGACGUGUGCGGCUGGGCGGCACACGGCGACGCGCGCGUGCGCGCGGCGGCGGCGCGCGCGGCGGCGGCGCUGGCGCGGUGCUGGACGGAGGGGCUGAUGCCGGAGCUACUCAAACAGGUCGUGCCGCUCCUGAACUCGUCCGACGACACCUGCCGGCUGGGCGGCGUGGAGGCGGUGGCGGCGCUGUGUGGGGAGCUGGGGUCGGGCCUGGUGCCGUACGCCGUAUUGCUGCUGGUGCCGCUGCUGCGCCGCAUGUCCGACCCCGCAGCCGACGUGCGCGCCGCCGCCGCUGGCUGCUUCGGCUCGCUCAUGACGUUACUGCCGCUGGCGCAGGGCGUGCCGCCGCCGCCCGGCCUGGACGGCGAGCAGCUGGCGUGCGUGUCGCAGGACUCGGCCUUCCUGCUGCAGCUGCUGGACAACCGGCGCGUGGACGCCUACGCGCUGCCCUUCCCGCUGCCGUACAGCCUGCGGCCGUACCAAUGCGACGGCGUGUCGUGGCUGGCCUUCCUGCGCCGCUUUGGGCUGCACGGCGUGCUGGCAGACGACAUGGGGCUGGGCAAGACGCUGCAGGCCUCCUGCAUCAUGGCCGCCGCCAGUCUGGAGGCGGAGGCGGCCUACGUGGCGGCGGGCUGCGCGGCGGCGGCGGCCCCGCUGCCGCUGCUGGUGGUGUGCCCCGCCACGCUGGUGGGCCACUGGGCGCACGAGGUCAACAGCACCAUUGGUCCCAAGGGGUUGCGGCCGCUCAUGUACGGCGGGACACCUGCAGAGCGGGCAGCGGCGCAGGCGGCCUGGGACAAGUCGCUGCGCUCGCUGUCCGCCUCCAGCCCCCGGCUGCCGUACAACCUGCUGGUCAUGUCGUAUGAGGCACUGCGUGCUGACGUGGAGUGGGUGGCGGCGCCGGGGCGGCGCUGGCUGUACGCGGUGUUGGACGAGGGGCACGCCAUCCGCAACCCGCGCAGCCGCGUCACGCUGGCAUGCAAGCGCGUUAGCGCGCAGCACAGGCUGCUGCUGUCCGGCACGCCCAUCCAGAACGACGUGCUGGAGAUGUGGAGCCUGUUUGAUUUCCUCAUGCCGGGCUUCCUGGGGCCGGAGCGGGCGUUCAGGGCCAAGUUCGGAAAGGCGCUGCAGGAGGCCCGCGGCAGCAAGCGCGGCUCCCGCGAGGCCGAGGCGGGUCUGCUGGCGCUGGAGGGGCUGCACCGCUCGCUGCUGCCCUUCGUGCUGCGGAGGACCAAGGGCCAGGUGCUUGCUGACCUGCCGCCCAAGAUCAUCACCGACAUCUACUGCGACCUGUCGGAGCUGCAGGCGCGGCUGUACUCGGACUUCCAGGCCUCCAAGGCCAGCGCGGAGGCCGUGGAGUCGCUCCGGAGCGGUGAUGCCCGCCGCGCCGCCGCCGCCGGCAGCGACGACGCCGGCGGCGCCGAGGACGGCGGCGGCGCGGUGGCGGGCGCCAGCCCCCACGUGUUCGCAUCGCUGCAGUACCUGCGCAAGCUGUGCAGCCACCCGGGCAUGGUGCUGGACCUGCAGCUGCCCGCGCACCGCACCGCCGCCAACGCCGUGCUGCGAACCACCGAGCCCACCGCAGUGGAGGCGGCGCUGCGCCGCGGCGGCCUGCGCCACGCGCCCAAGCUCGCCGCCCUGCGCGACAUCCUGGCCACCUGCGGCGUCAUCUCACCCGCCGCGGACGACGCCGGCGGCGGCGAAGCCGCCGCCGGCGGCGCCGCCGAAGGCGGCGCCGGCGCCGGAGGCGCCGCAGGCGCCGACGACGACGCCGGAGGCGGCGGCGGCAGCGGCGGCGGCUCUUCGGGUCACCGUCUGUUGGUGUUUGCGCAGCACAAGGCGCUGUUGGAUCUGGUGGAGCGGGAUCUGUUGGCGCCGUACGGGGUGUCGUACCUGCGCCUGGACGGCGGCGUGGAGGCGGGCGCGCGGUUCGCGGUGGUGCAGCGCUUCAACGCCGACCCCACCAUCGACGUGCUGCUGCUGACCACGGGCGUGGGCGGCGUGGGGCUGAACUUGACGGCGGCGGACACGGUGGUGUUCCUGGAGCACGACUGGAACCCCAUGAAGGACAUGCAGGCCAUGGACCGCGCCCACCGGCUGGGUCAGCGCCGCACCGUCAACGUGUACCGCAUCCUCACGCGCGGCACCCUGGAGGAGCGCGUGCUGGGGCUGCAGCAGUUCAAGAAGGACGUGGCGGAGGCGGUCGUCAACGCUGACAACAUGUCCAUGGACAACAUGGACACAAGCAGCCUGCUGGACGUGUUCGGGGCGCCUGGGGGCGGGGCCGGCGGCGGCGGAGCCGCGGGUGGCGGCGGCGGCGCUGUCGCCGCCGGCGGCAACGCCUCCAUGCUUCCCUCUGAAGCCGAGAUGGCGGAGGCGGCGGUGGCGGAGGCGGCGGGCGAGGGCGGCGGCGGCGGCGGCAAGGCCCGGGCGGCGCCCAAGAGCGGCCUGGCGGCGGCGCUGGCGGCGAUGGGCGAGAUGUGGGAUGAGAGCCAGUACAAGAACGAGUUCAGCAUGGAUGCAUUUAUGAAGAAGAUUGGGAGCGGAGCGGGCGCAGGAGGAGGAGGCGCGGCGGGAGGAGGAACAGGAGGCGCGGGGGGAGGCGACAAGGCGGAGCAGUAGUGCCGUGCAGUUACAUUGGUGGGGGAAUGCGGGCAGAGGUGGGCUGGCAGGUGGGGGGGGUAGGCAGAUGAGGUUGAGGCCUGAGCGUGUGGGGGCUGUGUGCCUGGGCGCAUAAGGCAGCUGUACUGAUAGGCAUGCAUGGGCGUCCAGACAUUUGACUCUGUGCCGGGAUGAAGAGAUUGUGCAAGUGUGGGGGUGCAUGGCCGCGUGGGUGAUCAAAAGCCGAGAAUACUCAUGUCGUAGCAGGGUUGGCAGGUAGUGAUCAGCAUACAAUACGGUAGGGCCUCAGCAUUUGGCGAUGUGGGGGUUGUGGGCAGGCUCAGGCCGGUCAGCGGCAGGGAUAGUCACGUGUUUUGUCGGCAUUGCUGACCCAGGGGCAUGGCUGUUGCGUGUGACGUGUGGAGCCUAUGCGCGCGGGUGUUCUGAACUGCAUACCCAUUGAUGCGGAAGCUGUGGUCGCGUCAAAACUUCGUGGGUCAGGCGUUCCACCACGCCCCGAUGUUGCACUGCGCCGUAGCGGCCGCCUUUUGACCAGGGGAACCUCUGCCUGUGACACGGUGCUGGUAAUGUGGUACUUUGCCGCCGGCUACAGCGCAACUUGAACAGCUCAGGA